AUGAAGUCGUCACGCUGGUUCUUGUUCCUACAGCCCAUGUGCCUGGCAUACGCUGAUAGCUCAUUCGAAGCAGCAUGCCGUGCAUUCGAUCCGACCAGUCACCUCAACAACGCCACUCUUCGCCUCCAUGAAUAUCUGCCCGCCAACACGACGAUACUUCUGCCAGGAAUAGACCCAUCCUGCAGCAGAUACAAUCAGACCUUCACCGCUGAAGCAUGCCGGUUUGCGCUUACUAUACCUACCAGCAAUCGCUCGUCAUUCAUAUACGAAAUGAUUCUGCCGAACACGACUACCUGGAGUGGCAGGUACAUGGCUACCGGCAAUGGUGGUAUCGACGGCUGCAUCAAGUAUGAGGACAUGGCGUACGGUCUCAGCCAUGGCUUUGCUGUCACAGGCACGAACAACGGCCACAACGGAACUGGAGGCGAAGCAUUUCUCAACAACGAGGACGUCAUCAUAGACUUUUCCUACCGAGCUCUACACAACGCCACUGAGGCUGCGAAGACACUGAUUGAAGCUUUCUAUGGGAAUCCGGCAAACAAGAGCUACUAUCUUGGCUGCUCUGGAGGUGGCAGGCAGGGCAUGCAAGCUGCAAGUCUCUACCCGGAGGACUACGAUGGUGUGGUGAUUGGUGCGCCGGCGCUCAACUUCAACUACAUGUCGACAUGGCGAGCAAGCUUCUAUAACAUCACUGGACCGGCGAACAGCACCGGGUUCAUCACGAAGGAUGCAUGGACUGGCCUGAUCCAUGAUGAGAUUCUUCGACAGUGCGACAUGCUUGAUGGCGUAGAUGAUGGCAUUCUCGCAGAUCCCAGUCUCUGUGCAGCGAUCUUCCGUCCUGAAGCUCUGCUUUGCAGUGGAGACAACACGACUGAUUGCCUGAGCCCGAAGCAAGUGGAAGCCGUACGGAGAGUCUACAGUCCUCUAUACGGCACAUCUGGACAAUUAAUCUAUCCUGGCCUCUCUCCUGGCGCCGAGCUGCAAGCUGUAGACCGCCUUCUGGCUGGUACACCGUUUCCGUACAGCGUCGAUUGGUUCCGUUAUGCGGUUUUCUCCGACCCGUCAUGGUCGCCCGACUCCUGGAGCAUCGCCGAUGCCGAUGUAGCAGAGAAGAUCAAUCCUGGAAAUGCACGCACGUGGCCAUCCGAUCUGUCGCCAUUCCGCGACGCGGGUGGCAAGUUACUGAUCUACCAAGGUGGAUCGGACAAUCAGAUAACUCAUUUCGAUACGCAGCGAUGGUACAAUUAUCUUUCUACAUCUAUGGACGCUACUUCAGCCGACCUUGAUAACUUCACCCGCUUCUUCGUCGUCUCUGGCAUGGCGCACUGCUCCGGUGGGAUCGGUGCGUGGCAGAUCGGGCAGAACGCUGCUGGAGCAAAAGGUGUGUCACCGAAGUAUGAUCCGGAGUCUAAUGUGCUUGCUGCCUUGGUGCAGUGGGUCGAGAAGGAUCAGGCACCUGAUGAGAUCUUGGGUACGAAGUUUGUCAACGACACGGCGAGUCUGGGCGUGGCGCUGACGAGGAGGCACUGUCGAUAUCCGUUAAGGGAGACGUAUUUGGGCGGUAAUGCGAGUUCGGCUGAUUCGUGGACAUGUCGGUGA